ACCUCCCCGGAUAUCGAGCUAUUGUCCCCCUCCAGCAGCAGCAGCACGCAGGGCUGUCCGGGGCGAGCAUGGACUGUCCGGGGAAGGAAGGCACCGGGGGAAGGCUGAAUUUGGCCCUGCUAAGGAGCAAGCUGUACCUGGGGCAGAGGAGGAGGACGGAGCCCGUGGUGGAGAGCAGCACCACCGCCGGGGACCACGGCAACUUGAGGAGGAGUCAGUCCGACAGGACAGAGUACAGCCAGAAAUUGCAAGAAAAAAUGGCUCCACAGGCGGUGUCCUCACCCCCUGCCACCCCGCUGCAGGAGGACAAAGAAGAAGAAGACGAAGAAGAAGUCAGGCGACGCAUGAUGGCCAGGAGGGUGAAAAUCAUCGCAGAACUCCUGCAGACUGAGAAAGACUUUAUCAGUGACCUGGAUCUCUGCAUCCAGGAAGUGAUUCAGCCCCUGAGAAACAUGCAGAUUGCUCGCUUUGACGUGGAUGGCUUGUUUAGCAACGUUGAAUUGGUCCAUCAGCUAUCAGCCAAACUGCUGUCAUUGUUGGAAGAAGCCACAACAGAUGUGGAACCACCCAUGCAAAGAAUCGGGGAAGUGUUCUUGCAGAUUAAAGGCCCACUAGAAGACACAUAUAAAAUCUAUUGCUAUCACCAUGAUGAUGCACACACCAUGCUGGAAUACUAUGAAAAGGAUGAAGAACUGAAGCAGCAUUUAAGAGACUGUGUACAGUCCUUAAAGUAA